AUGACUGGCUGUGUGGUGUGGUGUGGUGUGUGUGUUUGUGCCUGCUCGUAGACUAGGAGCUAAGAGAGGUGAUAGGUGAACAAAGAAACAGGAAUGUUUUGCGAGAUACAGUUCAGUGUAAAGUUUUGUGCGUGGAUCGUUUUUUUUUCUUUUCUCGCUCAAUCUCUCUCCGUCUCUCUUGUUCGUCAGUAACUAAUAAAUGGAGGUUGCACCGUUUACUGGAUUACACACAAUGUGAAUUGAUUUUGUGAUUUAAUUAACGUGUGUUUUUCAAGAGGUGUUAGUUGAUUGAUACAAUUUAAGGAUAUAUGAAUCUGUUGUUUGUGUGGGACUGGAUUAAAAACGGAAAUUCUGUGAUGUGAAACGAGUUGUAAAUUUUAGCUGUAUCUUGAUGGUGUUGCCAUAUCAGCUUAAUCUUACCCGAAGCAGAUCUUUAUACAAGGAAUUGGAUAAUGUACAGUAUAAGUUUUGUGCUGCUAUUGUUUAUAUGAUUAUAUGAUAAAUACAUAAAAGAAGUCAUUUGCUGCACUGAAAUAAUUUUAACAUACAAAAUUUGGGCACUAUUCUGUAGGCCUAGAUAUAUUUUUUUCGCCACAGGAAAAAACAAACAAAUCUAUGCAGUUUGAUCACAUGGUGUUGGUUCAACUAUUUCACAUAUCAUAGUCGACGACUGGAUUCUUUGAGAAGUGUUUGAGGAAAUUACAGAAUUGCUUUUCUCUGAGUCAUAGGAGAAUCUGAUUUAGCUGCCAGUGAGUAAGAUAACUAACAAUAGUUGUACCUGUGGUGUGUACAUGCAUGUAUGAAUAAAGAUCCUUGGCACCACUCGUAGAAUCAUUUGUCGGCUUUUAUAACCGAGAGUGUGAACACUGUUAGCAGAGGAUUUCAGUGUGAAGCGUGUCGGAACGGGAAAAAACAUGCCAGAGUACAGUAAUUUGCCUUGUUUGCAUGCCUUGCAUCACUCAGAAGCAGUGACUGAUGGUACUGAUGGUCCACCGGACCUGUUUACGCAGCUUGAAAUAAUCGCCAUGCAGAACCAGUACCGAGACCCACCACCGUACCCAGGCCACUCGAAACAGCUUCACAACCAGCCUGGUUUGCGCCAGAGUUUUUCGGGUAGUGAGACGAGCACGGAUGUUUCGGUUUCGUCGUCAGAGAACCUGACGACAUUGCAGCGUCAGGAGCCGCAGGGUGAGGAGAAUGUGUCCCAGACAUCGUGCCUCUACAGCCAGCUCGACGUGGGUGCAGGCGACAGCAACUACAGCAUCCUCACCCGCCUCGGCAUGCCGCCCAUGUCGUCGGUGGAACAUAAGCCCACACCGACGGCUGUGCCGGCCUAUUUCGUGACGGGACCAUCGCAGAGUAAAGUGUACGCUGUAUCCUCGGAGACGGGGUAUUCGGCUGCCCAGCUGCCGGGACCUCAGUGGGCGUCGCAGGUCGUGCCGGGAUGUCAGCCAUCGCUGCCUCCUCCGGUUUCGUCGAGGACGGUGGAUUACUCCCACGGCGGGAUUCCCCAUUACCGCAGUGUUCCAACGUACGUGAAUUCGCAGUGGAGUGUUGGCACGGCGACGGAGCCAGGACAGAACAAUCAGGUGUUGUCGUACAUCGCCAAUCUGCCACCCCCGCCCGAGUAUCCCGGCAACACGGCUCUCUCGAACGCUACUGAUAAGUUGGACACAAAACUUUCGUCUUCGGAGAAUGUCGACAAGAUCGGGCUGACCAAGUCCCAGCCGGAUCUGAGACACAUGGUCGAACCUCCGAGUAGUAAAUUUCCCAAUCCCGUCUACACAAGUGAAUCGAUGUUCGCACACCCUAUCAUGAGACAUUACCACAGCGGUAGUGACCCGCGAACGGAGGAAUUCGAUCAGGCUGCGAUGGCUGCGAGAACGACACAGAUGAUCGAGAUGUUGUCGGAAGAAAACCGAGCCCUCCGCGAAGAGUUGAAUGUUUAUUAUAAGAAAGUCUCCAAGUUACAGAAGUUUGAGCUGGAGAUCCAGAAGGUGCAUGAUGCGUACGAGUCGUUGGUGAAGUCGUCCCAGAAGAGAGAGAGGCUGGAGCUGACCAUGAAGAAGAGGAUGGAGGAAGAGAUCAACAAACUGAAAACAAAAAACAACCAACUCCGAGAACAAGUAGAUGGAAAGUCAUCUUCGUCUUCCCCAAAAGAGUUGUUAAGUUCGGCUGCAGAACGAUGGUCAAACCAACUUGAAAAAGAAACAACAAUAGGGAAACUCAAAUCACAAAACAGCGAGUUGUUAUCGGUCCGAGAUCGCCUCGAGCGUGACGUGGAAUCGCUGCGGUAUGGCCUACAGGAACAGAAAGACAAGGUGGACAUUCUCGAUAACGCGUUAACAAACGCCCAGGCCAAUGUGGUGCGACUCGAAGAGGAGUGCAACAAGAAGCAGGCCCACAUAGACAAGAUAGACCAGGUCCAGAAGGCUUUCGUUUCUCUGCAGUCCGUGAGUGAACGGCGCGAGCACCUGGAAAAGCAGGUGCGCGUGAAGCUAGAGAAGGAACUCGAGUCUCUGAGGACACAACAAAAGUCUGGCUGGACGAAAGGCUCGGAACAAGAUGACACGGACAACGUGAGUGUUUCGACUCUGAAGCAUCGACUGGACGAGAAGGACGCGAAGGUGCUGGCGCUGGAGGCUGAGGUCGCGAGACUGGAACAGAAAUGUCUGGAAGAGAGCACGAUGAGGCAGCUAGCGAUGGACGAAUCGGCCAGUCCAAAAGAGUUCCGACUGGCGGCUCUGGAGAAAACGUCGGCCGAUACGGAGAAGUUGAUAAACGAGGCCAAAUCUGAGAAGCUGAAACACAUGGAGGAGUUGUACCAGUCCCACAGGAAGAUAGCCGAACUGGAGGCCAGGGUGAAGUCUCUGCAGACCCAGCUGGCCCAGACGGAGGGGAUAGUGAAAGUCUUCCAGCAUUCGCCGAUGACGCGCAGCAGCAGCGUUCACACCAUCUACUGCUCCCCCCUGCACUCCCCCCGCCCGUCCAUCAUGGCCGCCUCGUCACUGAGUCACCAGACCAGUCUAUCGGACACGACGUCGUACAAAGAUUACAGCUCUGUGAAACACGUCAAAUCAGGAAGUGCCAGCGCCGUUGAUAUUAGGAAAAUGGAAGACGAGUUGAGAGAGAAAUUUAAAGAUCUUCAAACUGAGAGUAAGGAUGACUCUGAUGACGAAACUCGACUAUGGCAAGUGUAAUCAAAAAUUCAACUGGAAAUCUUGUGACAAAAAACUGAUUUCAUUAGUGGAAGCCAAACCCUAUGCAGAUAACAAUAACACUGCUGAGAUCAACGUGUGUGUGUCGACAAAUAUGCAAGGACAAAAUGGUCCCGUGCCAUUGACAACAGUUGAUUGUUUUAUUACCAUGACAACCAUUGGCAGCUUUGCAAGGAAAUGGAAGUCAAACCUGACAUUUAUUCGGGUUGUCUGUUGGAACAUUGCAGUUUCCUGAAGUUGUUUAUUGUGAAACGCCAUCCCUGAUUGGCUGGCUGGUUGGACAUGCACUGUAAAGCAGCUCUGAUUGGCUACCUGGAUGUGCUGAAGUUCUUCGAUGUGAAAGACCAGUUCUGAUUGGCUGAUUAGACAGACAUAAGCAGGAAAAUUUUCCAGCAAGGCAAGCUCGGAUUGGAUGGAGCGAUAUGUACAGAAAUUGUCUAAACAGGCAAACUCUGAUUGGAUGGAAGGAUACGUACUGAAGUUGUUUGCUAUAAAAAGCCAGCUCUGAUUGGAUGGAUGGACGGGCACCGAAAUUGUUCAGUGUGUAACGCCAUUUCUGACUGGCUGGCUUGUUUGACAUGUGCAGAAACAGGUUUAGAGAGACCUAUUGUGAUUGGCUGCAGACUGUUCAGUGUUGAAAGACCAGCGGUGACUGGCUGAUUGAAGUUGUGUUGUGCGUGAGAAGUAGUGUGUGCGUGUGCAGUUCAGAGUGUGACAGUUGCGUGUUAAUUUAAAUUGUCAACUUGUGCAAUAUUAAAAUUAUGCAAACAUUGGUGCUACAUGGAAAAAACAGUCUCAGGAAAGACAUAGGUCUUUCUUUUGUUGGGAUUAUCAAUUUUUAACAAUGACGAGUGCAUAUUCGUAGAGAAAAUAUUUUCUUCUGUCAUUUGUUUAAAACUGUCCAGCUUUCUUGUUCUCUCUUGGCUUUGAUAUGCAUACUAUAGUCCAUCUCACACGGAACACCUUUUUUCAUACUAUGGAAUUUACUACAAGUUAUUUAUGUCUGUGCCGAUUGAUAUGUAAAUUGCACACAAAAAAUUGUAUAUUUUGUUUAAUUUCCAAAACAUUUUUGCUUUGCUUCUUAUGUCAAACCAAACUGAAAUUAUAUACCAAAAAAACAUGUUUAUAUAAUGAUGGGACGGACUAUAGGUUAAGUUAAAAAUAUUAUUGCAAUGUUUCCAAAUGGCUAAGUACGCGAUCUUUUUUCUUACCCCCUCCUAAUUGCUCAGUCAUGUGAUAUGUUUGUCACGUUUAACAAAAAGCCAGAACAAAUUUCAGGUUUAUAUGAACAAGGCUAACUCUGGGUGAGCAAAACAUUUCGCCUAAUUAUCUUUAGAAAAUACAAAACCCAGUUGUUUUCCUACAAAAUACCAAUUGUUACUUGAACAUUUUUUUCGCCAAAUUAACAUAAAAUUCGCCAAUUGUUCCUAAACUUCGCAAUUAGCAGAUUUGGCGAGUGGCAGGAGCUAUCCCUGGUGAAUAUCAGAACGAUCCAAUCUGAUUAAAAUCAGCUCCAAUGGGUCUUAAGGCCAGUGGAAAUGAUUUCAAUCAGAUCGAUAACAAUCAUAAUAUUAACUGUCCAUGUAAACUCGUUUACAUCUGCUUGCUAAGCAUAUUCGGCAUAAUAUAUUAGAAACCCUUGAUUGUUAAAGAUAUGUUUGACUCGUGCAUAAACUAGAAUUCAGUGAACCAUUGAUGCCAUUCCGGCUGUUUCUUUAGCAGGUCUCUGAGAAUUGAAAAUUUGCAUAAAUCAUAGUGAGGGCGGGGCCAUCGGGUCGGUUGCCCUGGGCACAAAAUUCUGGACUGGUGGAAGGGACUCGGGGAGUGCUAACGAUCCACUGGUUGGGGGGGUGCAAUACUUGCCGUGCCCCAGGUGCUGGUAACCCACGCUACGCCACUGAUUUAUGGGAUACGCAAAAACCAAUUCAGGUAACCCAUUUUGUUUUUAGGUAACCCAUCAUGAACAUAUAAAUGAUGUCAUAAAUUCAAUACGUGAACGAAAAAUGGGUUACGCAAACUAUACAUGUACUUACGCGAGUGAAGCGCAAAUGAAACUAUCGCUCUCGCGAUUUUCAGAGGCCUGUUUUGAGUUAGACAUUCAAACAGCCUUGAAUAGUAAUUUUAGGGGUUUGUCUGAGAAGUUCUGAUCAUGUGGUGUCAGUUGGAAUGCUCAACCACGCCAUCCAUCACAGAGAUUAAAAUCAACGAAGCUAUGCUGUCCGACUUGUGUAGAACAUUUACCAGUAACGCCCAAAACAUACAGUGUCUUGAGUAGAGCUGGGCGGUAUACCGUAUAUACCGUUCGGUAUCGGUAUUAUGUCAAUACCGAUUUACCGUACCGAGUAAAUUUCAAAAUACCGAAAUUUCUGUAUUGAAAAAUACUUCCCGGAAAGCACUA